AUGCCGCCGUCUCCAAGACCAAUGCUAAGCACCACAACGUCCAAUGACCUGAUUACUGGGGAGCAAUUCCGUCCUCGAAAGUUGGCACGUCGACUGACUGGUUUUCUGCCCCAGGAGAUCAAGUCGAUUGAUUCCAUGAUCCCCUUACAAUCGCGGGAGCUUUGGAAAAAGCACGAAGUAAAGAAGUUCGGCGACUCCGAAGAAUUCCAGGGGAAGUUCAUCCAGCACGUGGAAACUACACUAGCUCGGUCGCUAUAUAAUUGUGAUGAAUUUGCAGCUUACCAAGCAGCCUCGGAGUCCGUCCGUGACAACCUGGUGAUAGACUGGAAUAAAACGCAGCAGCGGAUAACUGCAAGGGACCCUAAGCGUGUCUACUACCUCUCUUUAGAAUUUUUGAUGGGCCGUGCAUUGGACAAUGCAUUGAUCAACCUGAAUACUUCCGAAGAGGGGGACAGCACUUCUCGUGAAAUGGUGAAAGCUUCAGUUGAACAGUUGGGCUUUCGUCUUGAGGAUAUUCUUGAACAGGAGCCCGAUGCAGGAUUGGGUAAUGGUGGUCUUGGGCGCCUUGCAGCUUGUUUUGUAGACUCCUUAGCAACUGGGGACUACCCUGCAUGGGGAUACGGCCUACGGUACCAGUAUGGAAUUUUCUCCCAGAAGAUUAUUGAUGGUCACCAAGUUGAAACUCCAGACUAUUGGUUAAAUUUCCGUAAUCCGUGGGAAAUCGAGCGUUCAGAGAUACAAGUCGCUGUAAGUUUUUACGGUUACGUGGAGAGGGCACAUGGUGGCUCCACUUUGGCUCCAACUGAAUGGAUCGGAGGCGAACAAGUUCUAGCAGUCCCAUAUGACAUGCCGGUGCCUGGUUUCAAUACAUCCACUGUAAACAAUUUACGUCUUUGGUCUGCAAAACCGACAACUGAGUUUGACUUUUCAAAGUUCAACUCCGGAGACUAUUCAAACUCCGUCGCAGACCAACAGCGGGCGGAGUCGAUCACCGCUGUGCUUUACCCAAAUGACAAUUUCCAUAGCGGCAAGGUACUCCGUUUGAAACAACAAUAUUUUUGGUGCGCUGCCUCUCUUCAUGACAUUGUUCGUCGUUUUAAGAAAACUCUCAGGCCAUGGUCUGAGUUCCCAGAUCAGGUCGCUAUUCAGCUCAAUGACACGCAUCCAACGUUGGCGAUUAUUGAGCUUCAACGGAUCUUAGUCGACCUCGAACAUCUUGACUGGCAUACAGCUUGGGAUAUAGUGACUAAAACUUUCUCUUACACCAAUCACACGGUGAUGCAAGAAGCACUAGAAAAAUGGCCAGUCGGCCUCUUUGGUCACUUAUUGCCCCGCCACUUGGAAAUAGUUUACGAUAUCAACUGGUUCUUCCUUCAGGAAGUCGAGAAGAAGUUCCCGAAGAAUGUGGAUUUGCUUGCACGUGUGUCAAUCAUAGAGGAGUCAUCCCCAGAGCGUCAACUCCGUAUGGCGUUCCUUGCCAUAGUUGGUUCCCACAAGGUAAACGGUGUUGCUGAACUUCACUCUGAACUAAUUAAGACCACCAUUUUCCGGGACUUUGUCGAUAUUUAUGGGCCCAGUAAGUUCACUAACGUGACUAAUGGAAUUACCCCACGUCGCUGGCUCAAACAGGCGAACCCAGAGCUUGCUGGUUUGAUUGCUGAUACAUUGGAUGACAAAGACGACAGCUACUUGCUAGAGAUGUCACGUUUAACCAAGCUGGCCAACUAUGCGGAUAACCCAGAGUUCCAGCGUCGCUGGGAUGAUGUUAAGUACCAUAACAAGCUGCGCUUGGCUAAUUGGUUGCGCGAUCACAACGGAGGCGUCGAUAUCAUUGAUCGUGAGAGCAUACGUGACACGCUCUUUGACGUGCAGGUUAAGCGUAUCCACGAGUACAAGAGACAGCAGCUAAACGUGUUUGGUAUUAUUCACCGCUAUCUCAGCAUCAAAGACAUGUUGGCUACCGGUGCGGCCCUAGAAGAAGUGCGGGCUGCAUUCCCUCCAAGGGUAUGUAUCUUUGGUGGCAAAGCGGCGCCGGGCUACUACAUGGCCAAGCUGAUCAUCAGGUUGAUCAAUGCUGUGGCCGCUGUUAUCAACGACGAUGCGGCUAUCGGUAAUCUCUUGAAGGUGGUAUUCAUUCCGGACUACAAUGUCUCCAGGGCCGAAAUAAUUAUCCCAGCUUCCGAUCUAAGUGAGCACAUCUCGACAGCGGGUACUGAGGCUUCUGGAACUUCCAACAUGAAGUUCGUUAUGAAUGGUGGUCUCAUUAUCGGCACCGUCGAUGGCGCCAACGUCGAGAUCACACGCGAGAUCGGCGAAGACAACAUCUUCCUCUUUGGUAAUCUCGCAGAAGAUGUCGAAGACCUCCGCUACCGGCACCGGUAUCACCGCCAAGAGUUGCCAGCCCCCAUUGCUCGCGUACUGGAGACGCUCUCCUCGGGCGCAUUUUCCCCUCAGGACCUGCGUGAAUUCCAACCUCUGGUGGACUCCGUCGCCCAGCACGGGGACUACUACCUGGUGAGCGACGAUUUCGACUCCUACAUAGCCUGCCAGGCUCUCGUUGACCGCGUCUACCACGGCGACCGCCGGGCCUGGCUCCAGAAGUCGAUCCUGUCCGUCGCCAACGUUGGCUUCUUCAGCAGUGACCGCUGCAUAGAGGAGUACGCGGAGAUGGUAUGGAACGUUGAGGCAGUUAAGCAGGAAUAA